CACCAAAAACCCUGUGUCAGCAGAGGCGAAGAACAACAGCAACCAGGUAAUGAAAAUGCUAAUGAGCAUAACGAUGGCGACGGCGAUUGCGAUAAUGACCUAACGCCCUCCAACCUGGCCGACAUGAGAGAAUCCAUCAUCCCUUAUGCUUCGCGUUCAUCACUGAGCCACCCAUACCAGACCAUAGUGUCACGUAAGUUACAGGCCGAAUACCUAAAACUAUGCGGAGCCCUAGAUUUACCACCACCACUCAUGCAAGAAGCACUCCAAAGUAAUUACUUUGAACAUGUCUACCGACGCUGUGCGGUGGUUGAUCAAGCCCAUCUAUCACAGCACCUUUCAAUUCUCCUAGUUCAAGCUGUUUGCUUAACGGGGGCCUCCAUGCGACAAAUGAGUUCUGAGUACUUUUCGACCUGUGAACUCCUUUAUAUCAAAGUCAAAACUCUACUUAUGACCAACCACGAAAAGAAUCUACGCAUCAUUCUACAGUCGCUGUGUCUGAUCUCUUGUUGGAAUACGACGCCUAUGCAGGUUGUCAGCAUGGAGAGUGCUUAUCAUUGGCUCAGCAUUGCUACCAGAUUGUUAUUUCAAGCUGGUCUACAUCGCGAACAAACCUAUGAGACUGUUCGGGAACCACGGGUGUUACGCCGGAUAGCGUGGUACCUCUAUACCAUGGAAAAGUCGUACUCAUGCGGUCUCGGAUUACCCUGCAUGAUUAGGCCCCAUGAUUUCCAUGUUCGGCCGCUGACGCCUGAGGAUUUUGACAAAUUCGACGCGAACUCCCAGCUCUUUGUCGAAUUGACCAAAAUUAACUGCCUUAGAGCGAGAAUGCUCGAGGUGUACUGGCGAAAAGAUGAAAGUGAAGGUGCCGAGGCCGCGUACGACAUUCUACGCUCAAUGCGAGAGUGGAUUGAUCGGCUUCCGGACCAAUUUCGUCUGUACAGUGGCAAUAACCCUAAACGACUUUAUCAACGAGCAGUCUAUGAGCUUCAUAUUCACUACUUUGUGGUCAUCGCCACGUUCUUUCACCUCUGUGGCUGGGCCGUGCGUACUUCUAUCACUAACCCUGCAGUGUUGGUCGCUUCCUCCUGUAUGGCUAGGCUCUACGAAGAGAUACUUUAUCGUGAGGAGAUCGGACUCUUUCUACCUAUUCAUAAUUGGUAUAUUUCGAUCGCAUCUCUGCCACAAAUUCACGCGCUAUCCGGAAGUCACUAUGCAGACGAUACGGCUGAAGAAGAAUUGGAUAUCCUGCGUCGAGGACUGCAAGCCAUGGCGAUUAAGUGGCCUCAAGCAAACAAUCUACAAAUCAGUCUAGAUCGUCUCUAUGAAAGGAGAGUGUCAAAUCGCCAUCCAAAUCAGACCGUAGUCCCUAACGACAAGGAUCUAACCGGUUGCUCAGAGUACACUCGCGAUGAAAUCGACGGCACUGUCCUGAACAGAUUGGUCUGUGAUUUGUUCCCUUUCCCCACGUCCAUGUGCCCCAGAAUGGACAUCAUUGACGCGAUCGAAUCGAUGAACCCAGGCCACGAGGGUUCAACAGAGACCACAGUUCCUGCCGCCUGGGACAAAGAAUAUCAAUUCGACUGGACCUUGAACCUAUUCGACCCCGAAAGUCUUACAGACGGAUAUGUGCCUUCAACAAGCAUGCAAACUUUCGGUGAAGGUCUGUCCUUCUGA